UCGCGGCCGCCAGCGAGCAGGGGAGCGCUCUGGGAUGGGACUCGGAGGCGGCGGCAACGGCGCAGGCGACGAAGGCAGCGGCUCUGGCUCUCUAGAACCUCGCUUCCCACGAGCGGUCCCCAAGGACAGCGGCGGCCCGCGGCCCGGCGAGGCGGUCACUGAGGGACACCCGCUUCCCGGGCGCCAGCGCCGGUGGCUGCAGCCUUGCUCCUCUUCCUCCUUUUGAAGAUGGAGAAGAUGCUCGUGGGCUGUUUGCUGCUGCUCCUAGGAGAGGUCUUCCUUCUCUUCCCUGUUGCAGCCAGAGAGCGGCCCCACGCCAGGUCCCUGUCCAGAGGCAGACACGCUCGGACCCACCCCCAGACUGCACUCCUGGAGAGCUCCUGUGAGAACAAGCGGGCAGACCUUGUCUUCAUCAUCGACAGCUCCCGCAGUGUCAACACCCAGGACUAUGCAAAGGUCAAGGAGUUCAUCAUGGAUAUCUUGCAGUUCUUAGACAUUGGUCCUGAUGUCACCCGAGUGGGUCUGCUCCAGUAUGGCAGCACCGUCAAAAAUGAGUUCUCCCUGAAGACCUUCAAGAGGAAGUCUGAGGUGGAGCGAGCUGUCAAGAGGAUGAGACAUCUGUCCACCGGCACCAUGACAGGGCUGGCCAUCCAGUAUGCCCUGAACAUUGCAUUUUCAGAAGCGGAGGGGGCCCGGCCACUGAGGGAGAAUGUGCCUCGGGUCAUAAUGAUUGUGACAGACGGGCGGCCUCAGGACUCAGUGGCUGAGGUGGCUGAAAAGGCCCGGAACACAGGCAUCUUGAUCUUUGCCAUCGGUGUGGGCCAGGUGGACCUUAACACACUGAAGGCCAUCGGGAGUGAGCCCCAUGAGGACCACGUCUUCUUGGUGGCCAACUUCAGCCAGAUCGAGUCACUGACCUCAGUGUUCCAGAACAAGUUGUGCACGGUCCACAUGUGCAGCCUCCUGGAACACAACUGCCACUUCUGCAUCAAUACCCCUGGCUCCUACGUCUGCAGGUGCAAACAAGGGUACAUUCUCAACCCGGAUCAGAAGACUUGCAGAAUCCAGGAUUUGUGUGCCACGGAGGACCACGCCUGUGAGCAGCUCUGUGUGAAUGUGCCGGGCUCAUUCGUGUGCCAGUGCUACAGUGGUUACACCCUAGCGGAAGACGGGAAGAGGUGUGAGGCUGUGGACUACUGUGCCUCAGAAAACCACGGAUGUGAACACGAAUGUGUAAAUGCUGAUAGCUCCUACUUGUGCCGGUGCCGUGAAGGAUUUUCUCUUAAUCCAGAUCAAAAAACAUGCACAAAGAUAGACUACUGUGCCUCACCUAAUCAUGGAUGUCAGCAUGAGUGUGUGAACACUGCUGAUUCCUAUUCCUGCCGCUGUCUGAAAGGCUUUAUCCUGAAUCCAGACAAGAAAACCUGCAGAAGGAUCAACUACUGUGCACUGAGCAAACCAGGCUGUGAGCAUGAAUGUGUCAACACAGAGGAGAGCCAUCACUGCCGCUGCCACCAGGGUUACAUUCUGGACCCCAACGGAAAGACCUGUAGCCGGGUGGACCACUGUGCACAGCAGGACCAUGGCUGUGAGCAGCUAUGCCUGAACACGGAGGAAUCCUUUGUCUGCCAGUGCUCAGAAGGCUUUGUCAUCAAUGAAGAUCUCAAGACCUGCUCUAGGGUGGACUAUUGCCUGCUGAGCAACCAUGGUUGUGAAUACUCCUGCAUCAACACAGACAGAUCCUUUGCCUGUCAGUGUCCAGAAGGACAUGUGCUUCGCAGCGAUGGAAAGACCUGUGCAAAACUGGACUCUUGUGCCUUGGGGGACCAUGGCUGUGAACAUUCAUGUGUAAGCAGUGACGACUCAUUUGUGUGUCAGUGCUUUGAAGGUUACAUACUCCGUGACGACGGGAAAACCUGCAGAAGGAAAGAUGUCUGCCGAGAUGUGGCCCAUGGCUGUGAGCACAUCUGUGUGAACAGCAAUGACUCGUAUAUCUGCAAAUGCCUGGAGGGAUUCAAGCUGGCCCAGGACGGGAAGCGCUGCAGAAGGAAAGAUGUCUGCAAGUCAACCCACCAUGGCUGUGAACACAUUUGUGUGAACAGUGGUGACUCCUACAUCUGCAAGUGUUCAGAGGGUUUUGUCCUAGCUGAGGAUGGAAGGCACUGCAGGAGAUGCACUGAAGGCCCAAUCGACCUGGUCUUUGUAAUUGAUGGAUCCAAGAGCCUCGGAGAAGAAAAUUUUGAGAUUGUGAAGCAGUUUGUCACUGGAAUUAUAGAUUCCUUGGCAGUUUCCCCCAAAGCUGCUCGAGUGGGGCUGCUCCAAUAUUCCACGCAGGUCCGCACAGAGUUUACUCUGAGAAACUUCAGCUCGGCCAAAGACAUGAAAAAAGCCGUGGCCCAAAUGAAGUACAUGCGCAAGGGCUCUAUGACUGGGCUGGCAUUGAAACACAUGCUUGAGAGAAGCUUUACCCAAGGAGAAGGGGCCAGGCCCCUCUCCAUGCGGGUUCCCAGAGUGGCCAUCGUGUUCACCGACGGACGUGCUCAGGAUGACGUCUCCGAGUGGGCCAGUAAAGCCAAGGCCAAUGGCAUCACUAUAUAUGCUGUUGGGGUGGGGAAAGCCAUUGAGGAAGAACUACAAGAGAUUGCUUCUGAGCCCACUGACAAGCAUCUCUUCUAUGCAGAAGACUUCAGCACCAUGGGUGAAAUAAGUGAAAAACUAAAGCAAGGCAUCUGCAAGGCUCUAGAAGACUCUGAUGGAAGACAAGACUCCCCAACAAGGGAACUGCCAAAGAGGGUCCACCAGCCAACAGAAUCUGAGCCGAUUACCAUAAAUAUCCGAGACCUACUUUCCUGUUCUAAUUUUGCAGUGCAACAUAGAUAUCUGUUUGAAGAAGACAAUUUUUCUCGGUCUACACAAAAACUUUUCCACUCGACAAAAUCUUCAGGAAGCCCUUUGGAAGAAAAACAAGAUCAAUGCAAAUGUGAAAACCUUAUAAUGUUCCAGAACCUUGCAAAUGAAGAAGUAAGAAAAUUAACCCAGCGCUAUAUCCUUUUCUAA